GCUGAGCGCGAGCUUUAUUUUCCCCACGUGUUUGUUGGCAUGUCCAAAGGCUUCAUUUUGCUCUUGCACCUCUCUUCUUCUCUCCCUCUUGGUUUAGCCUCGCCUUGCCUCGCCUCUCGUCGCCUUACCCUGCUUUGCCUUGCCUUGCCGACCCCGUCCCAUUGCAUACAGAGCAAGGUCGGCCCAUGACAUGGCACUUCUCCAUUCCAUCGCCGUGACCUUUGGGCGGAUCACGACGCUGCUGCAAGUCAUCCUCUACCUUCCACUCACCCUCGAUGUGGCUGGUCAGGAUGCCUUUCUGGCCCUCUCGGCCUCGCUGGCCUCGUACUAUGCCUUCCUAAGCACCGUUCGCACGUUGACGAGGAAGACAUCACUCGCGUGGAUUGGCGAUUUCCUGGCCAUCUUUCAAUUCAUCGUCGUGCCCGCCUGUCUCCUCGUUGUUUUCAACGUCUACAGCCCGCCGAGCGAAAGCUAUUUUUCAAACGUCAAUCGUCGCUAUGGGUCGAUGAAUCUAUCGCCAUCUGCACACCAGGCGCAAGAGCCGACGCCAUCGACGGGAAGGAGACUAUUCGGCGGGCCAAAGGGCACCCCUGCACCGUUGGUGCCGUCCUCCUCCUCUGCAUCAGGGUACGGGAGUAGCAACCACCUCGGCCUCUCGGAUGAGUCGCCUCUCUCCGUCAUGCUCCACGCAACUUUGGCCAGCGCGGUCUCGUGGACUUUCUUCUUGGCUCGCCACGUUCCCCCCUGGUGGCAUAUGCUUCUCCGGUUGUCCUCGCCCGUAUUUUCCCUCCUCGAGGGUGUCGCCACGCUCCUCGUCAUCCAGGUUGUCGGCAGCUUCUCGCGCUGGAUGAUCGCCAGCAGCCUCACUCGCCGUCCUCCCACUCCUCGGACCGCGUUCUUUGGCUGGGUCCAGGCCGUCGGUUCUGCGCUCACUUCGGCCGAGUUUCUCCAGCUCUUCUUCCUCCUCCUUUCGGCCCUUGUCUACGUCAUUAGUGCUCUGGCCCUCUAUGUCUCAUUCGAAGGAGCCACGAGGAACCGACCAGGGACGGCCGCCGCGACGGGUGCUGCCCUCUCUUCGACGCUCUGGCUCACGGCCAUUGCCUUUGCCGUGCAUCGAGGAAACGUCAUCGAGACGUCACUAAUGUUUGCCUACGUCGUCUGGAAUGUCUACCAGCUCUCGGACAGCCUCUCCUUUACGGCCGAUCCACUGGCGCUCAUCCGCUCCAUCAAGGUCCUCGAUACCAGCAGCCCCUUUCUCGACUUCUCUGGACUGUUGAAUCUCCACCUGCCGCCCUACCUUGCAAGUCUGGUCGAGCUGCUCGUCUAUGCGCUCGGACAGUCGGCCCGCUUCAUCGCCGCUGCCGGCGCGGCGCUGCCCAAGAGCGUCAUCGUGUCGCUCAUCUACCGUCUCAUGGUCCUCUACUCGGCCAGCCGCAUUCUACCGCUCCUCAAGCGGCAGAGCGCAAAGGGCGGCUGGGACGGCGAUGGCUGGGCGAGCUCCUCGAGCAGCGGCGCGGACGGGACCAGCGAUGUGACGAGCAGUGAAAGCGAGAGCGAGAGCGAGAGUGAUGGUGGGACAGAGAGCGACUCGAGCGACUCAAGCGAUUCGGACCUGCACUCUCGGAAGAAGUCGUCGAACAAGGGCAAAGGCAAGGCUCGAGAGGAGGACUCUCUCAAGAACGGCACGGCCAACGAAAAGAAGAAAUGGAAGCAAAGACGGCAGUAUCAGCAACAGCAGCAACAGCAGGGAGAUGCCGCCAGCAGAGGGCGAGGCCAGAGGAGGCUAAGGACAAGGGGGAUAAGAGAAGAGGAGCCCUUUGGCGCAUUCAUCAGCCUCAUCGUCUCGUAUGCGCGCUUGAUCCUGAUCGCCGUCUAUUCGCACCUUCUUCUCCUUGACCAGUCCCACAUGGUCUACUGGCGCUUCCUCACCGUCGGCAUCACCCUCUUCGUCUGGGCGUUUGAGCUCCUACUCGGCAAGGACGACAACCCUGACGCGGCCUUUGCCGGCAGUUGGAGAGGAUGAGAAGUGUCUAGGCCGAGAGCAGCAACCACUGUAACAUUAUCAGGCAACACAGAUCGGCAACGCAAGGCAAGAAUUGUGAAAGAUUUGUCAUUGAUGACGACGACGAGGGAAGACCCUCGGCUGUAGCGACAAGACAAGGACUUUCGGUAAGAAGAGAGGGGAGAGAGAGAAAAGGAA